GGUGUGAAACCACAUAGUGUUAACAAAUGAUACUACCAUCAUAAAUAUAAAUUUAGAAAAAAGAAGAAUAAGGUUAAUUGGGUUGUCUUUGAACUUAGAUGCAUUUAGAAAAUUUAUUUAAUUUAUAAAAGAAUUUUAUAAAAUGUCUAACAGUACAAUAUUUUUAAAAUCUGGUUUUAUAAAUGUUCCUCUUCAAAAUGGUAUGGGCAGAUAUGUAGGACAACUCCAAAGAGUUGUAUUGAAAUUUUGUGAAAAUCAUGGAUCUAGCAGGGGAAUGAGGGAAUUUAUUGAAACAGAUUUGGUCGACUUUGCUAAAAAUAACCCUGGAAUUGUAGUAUACUUAAAACCUAGAAGACAUCGCACAGCAGUUAUGAAAGCAGAAUAUUUAAACGGAGAAACACAGUGGUUGAGCUGUAGAAAUUUCACCAGAGAGGAAGUAUAUAAGUGGCUUGAAUUAUUUAAAAAGCAACAAAAGGUGCAUGAAGGUACAAGAAUUAGAAAAUUAUGGCAUACCGAAAAUCCUUCCAUUCAAGGUCCUUGGACUCCUUUCACGUUUAGAGAUCCAAAAUUGAAUUUGGUAACAUUUCCAAUUGAACUGUCUAAAUGUGAAAAUAUUAGUUUUGCUCAAGAUGAGUUAGUGGAGUUGUUUAAAAAACAAAAAAUUCAAGAAUCAGAAAUAGCGACAGCUUCAAAUUAGUCAAUGUAUAGUACUGUAUUUAGUUAUUAAUUAAAAACAUAGUUUUAUAAAAUAUAUUUUACUCUUAUAGUUUAUAGUCAUUUACAUAUAAGUAAAAUCAGUAGAAUAACUAGAAGGAAUCACAUGUACUGUGAAUUUCCUCUAAUCCCACUUAACACCGCCCUAAUUUAUUAAUUCCCCCUGCACCAGUAAGAUGGGGUAUAAUAUACCCCAACUAACUUUAAAAUGCUAUAAUAAUCGGCUAAUAUACAUAAGUUUCGCGAGUCCAUGAGUAUCUUCGUUUCAUACUUGUUAACAUGCUUAUUUCAGUAUACAGAGGACUGUUGUUGGAGAUAUAUGUAUGUUAUUAUCAUGUAUACAUCAUACCCCAUGUAUGUUUGAUGUUUUUUAAGGUUUUUGUGCCAUACCCCACCAUACCUUCUAUUCAUCAUCUAUUAGCAAGUAUUUUUUUAUUUAGUAUUUCCUACGAAGAGGAACAAAAGUGUCUAUUGAAAUUAUGGGAAGAAACAGAACAUUAUUGAGAUAUAGCAUAGGGCUCAGAAGCAGAAGAAGACCAUGUAAAUGAGAGAUCUGCAGGCUCGGACACCCAACAAGAAUUAACUGAAGACAUGGAUAUAACUGAAUCAGAGGAAUAUGAUAAUGAUUUUAUUGGCAUAGAUGGCUCUACGAGAUACAAAAGAAAUACUUAAAACUAAAAACAAGAUCUGGAAAUAUAAUUACUGAUUUGCCAGGUGUGAAACGUCCUUUUUGAGAUCGCAAAGAACAAAUUGAGUGGUGGCAUUUCCUUUUUACAGAUGCUAUGCUAUCAGAUAUUGUGAUAUAUACCAACCAAAAACUAGGCAAAAAGCUCUAAACUAUGAUUGUGCAGACUCGCAACAUUUGGUAAAGGAUACGACCUCUCAUGAACUAAAAGCUUUGCUGGUACUUCUAUAUUUAGCUGGUGGUCUGAAAUCCAGGAGGAAAAUUUGGAUGAUUUGUGGUCUACUGAUGGCUUGAGAGCUGAUAUUUUCAAAGCAACAAUGUGCCAAAAGAGGUUCAGCAUAUUACUGCAAUGUUUAUAAUUUAAUAACAACAAAAGCUGAAAGGAAACGUUUGGAUAAGCUUGCCCCGAUAAGAGCAAUAUGUGACAUGUUUGUGGAAAAUCGCCUAGAGCUUCACAAUCCAAGUGAAUAACUUACAAUUGAUGAAAAAUUGGAAGCAUUUAGAGGACGUUGCCGGCCAAGUAUGACUUCAAAAUAUUUGAGAUAGUUGAUGCAAAAACAUUCUAUGUUUAAAACCAAGAAGUUUAUGUUGGUAAACAACCAGACCGGUAAUUCAAUUUUAGUAAUAAACCAGAGGACAUAGUUAUGAGACUCAGUAAACCAUUUAAAAAUUCUUGUGAUAUAACUUUCAUUAACUGGUUUACAAGUUAUCCCCUUGUUACCAGAUUGCUCUGUGAACAUAGAUAACAUUGGUGUGUACACCAUGAAAGAAUAAACAGGAAAUUACAUCACAGCUUUUAGAAACAAGUAAAUGAGAUGUAAAUAGUUCUCUGUUCGCCAUCCAAACAGAUGUAACUCUCGUACCUAAAAAAGGGGAAAAUGUAUUGCUUUUUCAACAUUACAUCGUUCGAAUUGAUGGAUCUUCAGGAUAUAAAUGCUUACAAGAAAUUAUUACUUUUUAUAACUUAACAAGAGGUCGGGUUUAUGUAGUUGAUGAGCUUUCCAACAAUUACAAUGUUUCACGUAAUAGUCCUAAGUGGCCUUGACAUUUUUCUCACUUUUGAAUACAUCUUCAAUGAACGCCUUUGUAGUUGUCAUUUCCAAUUCAGAAGCAACCUCAAACUGACGCAAAUUUGUGGUGAAAUUGAGAAGAGAUUUAGUUCUUCAACAUUUAAAAUUUCGACAAAUGAAUUUAUGGCUUCCUGUCAUUUUAAGAAGAAAAAUCGUUUUACCACUGUGUUCAAUGUAAAACAUUUGUUUGCUUAGACCGCUUAGAGCAUUCAAUUAUUACUUGUGAUAUAUGUUUCUCAUGUCAUGAAUGAACAAUAAAACUUUUCAAAUAUCUGCUCA